AUGCCAGCUCCAUCAAUAACCGAAGAAGAACAUUUUAACAUAUGGAAGCAAUUAAAGACCAACCACCUCGAUAGAUAUCAACUCCAACGCAUGGACUCGAGGGAUGAUUUGGACUCACAAGUCACAGAUCAGAGAAGAGUCUCUCUUCCUGGUGCUUAUGCUCAAGUGCAACCAUCUACAUCAUCCAAUAAUAGAAGACUGUCAAUAGUGCAGGAUCCUUUCUCUACUGAUAUAACCAGUUUUUUCAACGCCAAUCACAAACAAGCCACAGCAGGUAGAAGGUAUUCAGUUGCUGCCUCACAGAUAAACUCUAGCUCACUUUAUCCUGGGUAUGAUCUUUCAUCAGUUUAUAAUUUAAAGAAAGAUGUUGAAAACACUAGAAGAGACGUUGUGAUAAAGGACGAGGGUAUCAUUCUCUAUGGUGACUUGAAGAAGAAGAAACUCUUAGACUCUCUCACAUGGCAAGUUCCAGUCUAUGAAGAAAUAAUCAUUGAAAGAAUAACAGGACAUGGAAAACUCUACUAUUGUAAUUACUCUUCAUCAGAUAAGCUUAAGAAGAUUUACGAUAGCGCCUCAAUAUCUCAGGAGGAUGGCUCUCUAACUUGCAACACCAAAUUCCUCCAAUUACACAACAGUUCAACCUACUUUUUCAAAUUUGUAAAAUAUAGUCCUCAAGAUACCAUCACCUUCUCCUUUAGAAACAAAUCUGUAGGACUUUAA